AUGAGCGCUUCCGGCAGCGCCGAGCAGCUGCCGAAACGCCGGUGCUCUCGAGCAUGUCCCGGCCGGGCUCUGCGCCUGCGGGAGGGCAGCCAGCCAGCCGUGGGGGGCACCCCAGGGCUGGAGGAGGUGCCCUUGGAGGUGCUACGGCAGCGGGAGUCCAAGUGGCUGGAUAUGCUCAACAACUGGGACAAGUGGAUGGCCAAAAAACACAAGAAGAUCCGGCUGCGGUGCCAGAAGGGGAUCCCACCCUCGCUGCGGGGCCGAGCCUGGCAGUACCUCUCCGGGAGCAAGGUCAAGCUUGAGCAGAACAUCGGCAAGUUUGACGAACUGGAUCUCCUCCCAGGGGACCCGAAGUGGCUGGAUGUGAUCGAGCGGGAUCUCCAUCGGCAGUUCCCCUUCCACGAGAUGUUCGUCUCGCGUGGAGGCCACGGGCAGCAGGACCUGUUUCGGGUGCUGAAGGCAUACACUCUGUACCGCCCGGAGGAGGGCUACUGCCAGGCCCAGGCCCCCAUUGCCGCCGUCCUGCUCAUGCACAUGCCGGCCGAGCAAGCGUUCUGGUGCCUGGUGCAGAUCUGUGAGAAGUACCUCCCCGGCUACUACAGCGAGAAACUGGAGGCCAUUCAGCUGGAUGGGCAGAUCCUCUUCUCGCUGCUGCACAAGGUCUCGCCCGUGGCCUACAAGCACCUGAGCAAGCAGAAGAUCGACCCCAUCCUCUACAUGACGGAGUGGUUCAUGUGCGCCUUCUCCCGCACACUGCCCUGGAGCUCCGUCCUGCGUGUCUGGGACAUGUUCUUCUGUGAAGGCGUGAAGAUCAUCUUCCGGGUGGGCCUUGUGCUGCUCAAACACACCCUGGGCUCCUCGGACAAGCUCAAGUCCUGCCAGGGGCAGUACGAGACCAUGGAGAGGCUGAGGGCCCUCAGCCCCAAGAUCAUGCAGGAGACCUUCCUGGUGCAGGAGGUCAUCGAGCUGCCGGUGACGGAGCGUCAGAUCGAGCGGGAGCACCUGAUCCAGCUGAAGAAGUGGCGGGAGACGCACGGGGAGCUGCAGUGCAAGUCACCCCCGCGCCUGCACGGCGCCAAGGCCAUCAGCGAGGCCGAGCCCCCCACCCGCAAGGCGCUGGAGCCCGUCCCCUCCAUCAUCGUCCCUCCCGGGCCCGCCCCUGUGCCCAAGGCCCGCAAGAGCAAGGAGAAGAGCAGAGAAAAGGGCCCCCCCAGCCCCGCCAAUGGCCCCGGGGCCGAGGGCAACGGGGCACCCAGCUUGGCCCGGGAGCUGCUGCACCCCCAGGUCUCCCCCCACCACCAGUCCAAGGAGAGCCUGAGCUCCCGGGAGAGCGAGGACACAUAUUUGUAGGGCCGGCGCGGCGCUGGGUCUGCACCCUGGGCAGCCGGGCUCAGCUGCGCUGCGCACGG